GUACCCUCUGACAAAUUACACCUUUGGUACAAAGGAGCCCCUGUAUGAGAAGGACAGCUCUGUGGCCGCUCGGUUUCAGCGCAUGAGGGAAGAGUUUGACAAGAUUGGCAUGAGAAGGACAGUGGAAGGAGUUCUGAUCGUGCACGAGCACAGGCUGCCCCACGUGCUGUUGCUGCAGCUGGGUACAACAUUUUUCAAGCUACCUGGUGGUGAACUCAAUCCAGGAGAAGAUGAGGUAGAAGGGCUCAAACGCCUAAUGACAGAGAUACUGGGUCGUCAGGAUGGUGUGCAGCAAGACUGGGUGAUUGAUGACUGCAUUGGCAACUGGUGGAGACCGAACUUUGAACCUCCCCAGUAUCCCUAUAUCCCAGCUCAUAUUACGAAGCCAAAAGAGCACAAAAAGCUUUUCUUGGUCCAGCUUCAAGAAAAGGCUCUGUUUGCAGUCCCCAAAAAUUACAAGCUGGUCGCUGCACCAUUGUUUGAGCUCUAUGACAAUGCACCAGGAUAUGGACCCAUUAUUUCCAGCCUUCCUCAACUUUUGAGCAGGUUCAACUUUAUUUACAACUGAAUUCCUGUUUCUCUGAAGACUCCAAUAGAAGAAGCAGUCUCUGUGAGCACAGCUUUGAAAUGUAGAGAGAAUAUGUGUGACCAAGGAGUUUUUUAUGUCAUUCUUUUCCUGGAGGCCACUAAACCACCUAUGGUAUGAACACAGAAGUGAGUCUCAACUGUUUAGCUAGCGAGAUGGCAAUGUGAGACCAGUGCUUUAAUCCCUUUUCAUUGUUAUACUCACCAAUUUUUUGUUUUGUACAACAUUAAAAAAUGGGUAAGAUU